AUGGAUUCAAUACAUAAGACGACAGCCACCAUAUGCCUCCUAACAGUUAUCGUAGUAUCAGCUCAAGAAACGUGUCGUGGUGGUUCAACCUGUAUUAAACUAGAACAAUGCCCAAGCCUCCAACAAUUUCUUGGCGGGGCGGAAGGUUACGUAUCGGAUCUAUUCAAAGGACUGACAUGUGGCUACGAAGGCGUUCACCCCAAGGUUUGCUGCCCGCCAAAUAACCCACAAGUUAGGCCGCAGCCUGUCGACUCUUCAUCAAAAUUAUUGCCAGAUACCAGUGAGUGUGGUAUUCAAAACAACGAUAGGAUUGUGGGAGGCUCCUCGACAGAACUUGACGAGCAUCCAUGGCUCGCUCUACUUCGAUAUGAUAAACCAAGGGGUUGGGGUUUCUACUGUGCUGGAGUUUUAAUAUCUCCAAGAUACAUCCUAACAGCUGCUCACUGCGUUAAAGGAGCUGAUUUGCCAGACACAUGGAAAUUAAGUCAAGUACGUCUUGGCGAGUAUAAUGUCACGAGUAAGCAAGACUGUGUUCAAGGCGAUUGCAGCCCCACUCCACUGGACGUCAGAAUUGAAGACAUAAUACCUCACGAAGGGUAUUCAAAGUUUGACUCGCAUCAACAGAAUGACAUAGCGCUGUUGAGACUAGCACGCGACGUUCCAUAUAGCGAUUUCAUCAAACCAAUUUGCCUCCCGUUAACACAAGAUCAACGGAAUAACUUAUUUUCUGGAUAUGACAUGGAAGUGGCUGGAUGGGGUAAAACCGAAACAAGAUCAAUGUCUGAAAUAAAAUUAAAAGUACGUGUGCCUGUAGUCGAUAAAAACACAUGCUCAAAUGUAUACAGUAAGGCUAAUCGGAUUAUAACUGAGAAGCAGAUGUGCGCCGGAGGCGUUAAGGGCGAAGACUCUUGCCGCGGAGAUUCCGGCGGACCUCUGAUGGGUCAAAUGCCUACAGCUCAGAACUGGCUGGUAGUCGGUGUAGUUUCCUACGGUCCAACGCCUUGUGGUACAGCCAACUGGCCCGGAGUGUAUACACGUGUAGGCGCUUUUGUCGACUGGAUUUUAUCGCAUAUACAUUAG